AUGGAAUCGGUCAUAAUCGCGCCGGAGAAGCAGCGCAGGCGGCCAAAAGUCUCAUGUAUUCUCUGCCGGAAGCGCAAGACCCGAUGUAAUCGAGAAAGACCCUGCAGUAGCUGCAGACGCUCUAGAACAGGGAACUGUGUUUACGAGGACGUCAGCCCUUUUCCUUCCAGUCCAAGACAUUAUCCGACUCCUGAGUCGCAAGGACCGAUACGCCUCGGUGAUGUAUCCAGCUCUUCAAGCCACCCAUCGCAGACACAGGCGACUAGCUGGUCAGAUGCAUCGAAGUCUAGCGAGAACGUUAGUCAAGAUUACGAAAAAGCGCAAUUAAAGCGCAGAAUUCGACAGCUUGAGGAUCAACUGUCCCAUGCGGUUCCAGAGCCUGUCAAUGAUCCAGCUCCGGAUUCCAACUACACAAGGUGCUUCGGCCUGGCGGGAAGAACCUUCCGUCUCCUUUACAAAAGAGGCGCACCGGAGCAACCUGAGCCUAUUGCUCAUAAUCUUAGUCACAAGUCGCGUCUAUUUGGUCAAAGCCAUUGGGUUGUUAGCGUUGCGUAUCUGAUUCUUGACUAUUUCAACAUACUAGAUUCCUAUGUACAAGACCAACGAUCGGAAGGUUGGGCUGGUAUAGAAAAGUGCAAAUUAAUAGCCAGGCGCAUUAAAAUGCGACGGGCACCUCCGUGGCCCUCACCACCGACCUCCGAAUUGCCCUCUCGAACCAUUUCUGAUGCGUUGGUCCACCAAUAUCUCCAGAAGACCGAGUCGCUCUAUCGGAUUUUGCACAUCCCUACAUUUCGUAGGGAAUAUGAGGAAUUAUGGGUUCCCGGGAAAGCGAGAGACAUAAAUUUCUUGAUUCAAUUGAAGCUAGUGUUAGCAAUCGGCGCGGUUACUUAUGAUGACCAGUUUUCGUUGCGGACGUCUGCCAUCCGAUGGGUAUAUGAGGCUCAGAUUUGGAUAUCUGGACCAAAAUACAAGGCGAGGCUGAACUUUCAAGCCAUGCAGACCAAUCUGCUCCUUUUGUUUGCGCAAGAACAGGUUGGAGUCAGUGGGGAUUUACCGUGGAUCUCUGCGGGUGCUCUUCUUAGAAAAGCAAUUUAUAUGGGCCUACACAGAGACCCAAGUCACCUACCCCAGAGAACGUUGUUUGAAGUUGAGAUGCACCGACGGAUUUGGAAUACCAUUCUUGAACUGAACAUCCAAUCCAGCUUAACUUCCGGGGGGCCCGUUUUGAUUUCCCUUGACGACUUUGAUACAUCGCCUCCCCGUAAUUUCGAUGACGAUCAGCUUGAGGUUCAGAACCCAAUACCAAGCUCGAGUGAAGAAAUGACACAGACGUCUUUUGCAAUAGCGCUACGCAGGACCUUUCCCCCACGCGUCGCAGUGGUCAAGUUCCUGAACGAUCUCAGUUCUCAUGGCACCUACAAGGAGACGCUUCAGCUCGAUGCAAAGCUGCGCACAGCAUAUAGGGAGCUUGGUCGAACUCUCCGAGCAUGCAAAAAAUCAACCGGUAGUUCAUUGUCUUCCCACUACGAAACUAAGGCAGUCGAUUUUCUUAUGCACCGAUAUUUUUGCGCUCUUCAUAUUCCCUAUUUUGGCCCAGCACUGCGCGGAACGACUUAUGCCUAUUCACAAAAAGCGGUGGUUGAAUCGUCAUUGAAGUUAUGGAGAACCGCAUGGCCGGCAUCAACUACUCAUGCCAGCGAUACAAAUCUCUUCGAUGAUAGCGAUUUCCCUAGAUUAAUUGCAUGCAGCUCGGGCUUUUACCCAAGUGCCACCAUUCAUGCUGCGGCUAUUAUUGGGUUGGAGCUCCGGUCACAACUGCAGGAGGACAACAUAUGCCCGGCUCCCUUGCGGCCAGACCUGCUUUCUGUGCUGCAGGAAGCCAAGGAGUGGUGUCUGAAAGUGAUGGAGGCCGGCGAGACGAGCGUCAUGGGUUACUUGCUCAUAAGCCUUGUCGCAGCAGAUGUCCAAAGGAUUAUGGGCGGUUUUGGAGAAGACAAGAUACCAGAAUUGUUAAUCAAGGCUGUCGAAGAAGUAGGAGAGAAAUGCUUGCCGAUAUUAGAACAAAUGGAAGCUAUCCAAGACCAGUCAACGGAUUUAGCAGAUGAGCUUCAUCGUGCUACGCCGGCGGACAUAACUGAGGACUGGGACUUCAUGACCUCUGAUGCGUUUCUCGAUCUCGGCGGCACCGAACCGAUGAGUUGGAUAUUCAAUGACGACUUCAACCCAGGCAUGCCAUUGUUCUAG